AGACCGCCUAUAGCGUGCAGAAACGGGGCCCCGAGGAGCCGCUGGCCAAUGGGUGCGCUCUCCGAACGCCGGGAGGCGCGGAGCAGUGACGGCUGCGAGCCGUGCCGAGUUUAAAGGGUCGUGCCCAGAGAGAGCGCGCUCGGAUGGGCGAUGUUUCGAGGAGCGGUGCAUCUCUGUGCAGGCCGAGGCCACUUGGGCCGGCGCCUAAGCACGCUCAGAGGAGGCUCGGCUCUGGGCUGGGCUGGAAAGGUGUCUGAAAUUAAGAAGACAUUGCAGUCAGUUCUUCCUGGAGGGGCCUGGAACUCACUGUAUGACACCAGCCACCUGCCCCCUGAACAGUCGGAUGUGGUGAUUGUGGGGGGUGGGGUGCUCGGCCUGUCGGUGGCCUAUUGGCUGAAGAGGUUGGAGAAGCAACGUGGCGCCAUCCGGGUGCUGGUGGUGGAACAGGACCACACGUAUUCCCAGGCCUCCACUGGGCUUUCCGUGGGCGGGAUCCGCCAGCAGUUCUCCCUGCCCGAGAACAUCCAGCUCUCCCUCUUUUCAGUCAACUUUCUACGGAACAUCAAUGAUUACCUGGCAGUAGUCGAUGACCCUCCACUGGACCUCCAGUUCAACCCCUCGGGUUAUCUUCUCCUGGCCUCAGAAGAGGGCGCUGCAAUCUUGGAGAGCAACGUGAAAGUGCAGAGACAGGAAGGAGCCAAAGUGUGUCUGAUGUCCCCUGAGCAGCUGCGGAACAAGUUUCCCUGGAUAAACACAGAGGGAGUAGCCUUGGCGUCUUACGGGUUGGAGGGUGAAGGUUGGUUUGACCCUUGGUGUCUGCUCCAGGGGCUCCGGCGAAAGGUGCAGGCCAUGGGGGUCCAUUUCUGCCACGGAGAGGUGACACGUUUUGUCUCCUCCUCUAACCGCAUGGAGACCACGAGUGGGGAAGAGAUAACUUUGAAAAGGAUCCAUGAAGUUCAUGUGAAGAUGGACCACAGCGUGGAGUACCAGCCUGUGGAGUGCGCCAUAGUGAUCAAUGCGGCCGGGGCCUGGUCUGGGCGGGUAGCAGAGCUGGCUGGUAUUGGGAAGGGGCCGCCUGGCACCCUGCAGGGCACCAAGCUGCCUGUGGAGCCCAGGAAAAGGUAUGUGUACGUGUGGCACUGCCCCCAGGGGCCAGGCCUGGAGUCGCCCCUCGUUGCAGACACUAGUGGAGUCUACUUCCGCCGGGACGGAUUAGGCAACAACUACCUGGGUGGCUGUAGCCCCACUGAGGAGGAGGAACCAGACCCCGAGAACCUGGAAGUGGACCAUGAUUUCUUUCAGAACAAGGUGUGGCCCCGUUUGGCCUGGAGGAUACCAGCUUUCGAGAGUCUGAAGGUCCGGAGCGCUUGGGCUGGCUACUACGACUACAACACCUUUGACCAGAACGGCGUGGUGGGCCCCCACCCACUGGUUGCCAACAUGUACUUUGCCACGGGCUUCAGUGGCCACGGACUCCAGCAGGCGCCCGCUGUGGGGAGGGCAGUGGCUGAGAUGGUGCUAGAGGGCCGCUUCCAGACCAUCAACCUGAACGCCUUCCUCUUCAGCCGCUUCUUCUUGGGAGAGAAGGUCCAAGAGCACAACAUCUUCUGAGCCUGUAAGCUCUUCAUUGGCCUCCUGUCCCGUGUCAUCCCCUGGCUCAGAUCCUGGCCAUUGUCACAGUGUCCUCCCCAGCACCAUCUCGGGAGGGAGGGUGAGGUCUCCUGCACCCUCCUGCUGGCACCCAGGUGAUUCUGUCGCAUGUGACUGGGCAGGUGGACAGUCUGCAGGCUCUGAGGUCCCGC